CUCCGCUGCUCUUGCUCUCUUGGGAGCUGUGGGAUGUCGCUGGUGGCUGGAGGUGGAGGACAUCCAUGUCCUGGGAGGAGGUGGAGGUGCUUGGAGGAGGGAGAUGUCUGAGGAGGGGUUGGAGGUGGGCAGGAGGGGCUCACACCCAAAAUGCCAGGGGCUGAUGCUGGAGGAAACCUCCUGCCCAGCCUGUGCUGUACUGGCCAAAGGCUCGUGGUCCUUCUGGGAGCCUUUGGUGGCCUUUCUCCAGCUGAUCUCCAGUCCGAGGUGUUGUCCUGCCAGCACAGUGGCUGACCAGCCCAGCCCCGGGUUGUUUGGGGUCUGUGCUUUCAUUUUGCUCUUUAAAUCUCUUCAUCGUCUCUUGCAAUCAAUCUCCCUCCAGAAGAGAGCCCAGCGCCCUGAAAUCACUCUAAGCCUGUUGCUGCUCACAGCAGCCGCUUCCCGGAGGUUUAAUCCCAGCCACGGCUCCCUGCUGGCAUUCCCUGGCUGCUGGCAUUCCCUGGCUGGUGGCAGGAGCCCUCCUGCUGCCCUUGCUUUGGCACCUCACCCCAGCUCGAUGGGGACAUCUCCCAGGCACGUGUCACCUCCACAGCCCAGGCAAAGGAGCCAGGAUCCCUUUGUGGAAUGGGAUGCAGGACUCAUGGAGGGGAGCCCUCCCGCUGAGGCGCGGCGCCUGCCGCGGCCCCCCAAGCAGCACAUCCAGAGCGGCGGCCAGAGCCCUGCCUCGCUGGAGCGCCCCGAGGCCGCCCGCGGCCCCCAUGCCGUCCUGGAGGGCAAGGUGAAGGCGCUGAAGGAGAAGCGGGGCGGGCGGCCGGGGACCCCCGCAGCUGCCCCCGAGCGCCCCUCGCCCAAGAAGCCGCGGCCCCGGCGGGGGAAGCCGGGGGCGGAGGCGGCGGCGGUGGAGCCGCGGGCUCAGCUCCGGACCUACCUGACGGACGGGCUCCUGGAUGGAGGGGAGCCCGGCAGCCCCCCGGCGCCCCGCACCGGCACCCCGGGGCUCUGGCGGGUGCCGGCACCCAGGGGAGAUGCGCCGGGAGGCCCCGAGCUCCCCCCGGACAAGGGCAGCAGGUCCUGGCGCUCUGCCUCCCUCCAUGAGAGACCCUCCCCGGGUGAAGAGGCACGAGCUCCGCUGCGGGACCGGGGGCGUCCCUCGGCGUCCCCUCCCUCGGCGGAGAGCUGGGAGAGGCUCUCGCUGGCCGAACGGGUGGAGAGGAACCGGCGGCUGCUGCAGGAGGUGCUGGGCCUUGCCGCACCCGAGAUGCCAGUGAGCGAUGGGGACUGGGACUCGGGGGUUUCACUGCAGGACGCGGAGGGCUGCAGGGCCUUUGUGGCCGGGCAGGAGCUCGAGCUGAGCCCGCGGCACGAGCAGGCCAAGCAGCUGCUGCAGCGCGCCCGCAUGAAGGCUCGGACGAACCCCCUGCGCGCCAGCCACGACAUCCUCCUCCUCCCCGCCGCCGCCCCGCGCCCCAGGGAGCCCAGCGGGAGGCCGAGCGUCGCCCCGCGGGACGGCGGGAGCCUGAGCGACUCGUCCAGCGGGGAGUCGAGCUGCGGGCGGCCGCAGCGGCCGCGGGGACCGUCCCCGUCCCGCGUCCGCUUCGAGGACGAGUCGGCCCGGGACGCCGAGGUGCGGUACCUGGAGCGGCUGCAGCUGCGGCACCGGCGGGCGCUGGGCUCGGCGCUCCCCUCGCCGGAGCCGGCCGGCAACAGGCAGCCGGAGGACGGGGCUGGCCAGCCCAAAGCCCGCAGUGGCGACCUCGUGGUCGGGGGCAAGUGCAGCACCUGCGGCUCCUUCCUCGGUGCUGCCGCCGGCCGGGGCACGGACACGCAAGCUGCCCCCGACGUGGCCGGAAGUAGCCCUGCGGCACAAAGAAGCGUCCCAGGAGAUGGCAGGGGGCCGAGCGCUGCCCAGACAGAGCCUAAAAUCAGGCCUCUGGGUCCCGGAGGGUCCCCGCUGUGGAUCCUGCCCUCCCGGCAGCGCAUCCACACCGAGAAGAUCAAGGAGACCUACAUCGGGGACAUCACCUACAUUGACGAAGUGGACUCGGCCCUGGAGAGCACCGACACCUCCGACGGCUGCCGGACGGACAGCGAGGAGGCCAGACCCCGCAGCCCCCACCUGCAGGGGCACCGGGACCCCGGGACUCGCGGCCACAGAACUCCCCGUGCUGUCCCGCAGCCAGAGGCAAGGGCUAGGAAGGGGAUGUGUGUGGCCAGCAGUGGCCCCAAUAACGAGGACUCGGGUGGUGCCACGAAGCAAACGGGGGCCAUUUGCCCCCCACCACCGGGAAGAACCAGCAGCCGGGAAGAUGGGGAACCCCAUCGGCAUCUCGGGGGCAGCAAGGGAGUGGGAGACACUGCUCGUCCCCCGCAGCAGCCCAGUGAGCCCCCGGAGCCUUCCCCGCAGCUGAGGACCAGCACCCCCAUUCCAGGCACCCACGUCCCUGCUCCCCCUCCUACCAAGAAGGCCUGCUCCCAGGUGCCUUGCAGGAAAGCGCUGCUCUCCAGCAGCAGCCGCCAGGCGUCGAGCCAAGGCGCCCGGGGCCCGGAGCCGGAGGCAGGCAGCGCCGCCCCACCCCAGCCCGGGGGCACGGCGGGGCCGGGCGAGCGGCGGGGUCCCUGCAGCCCCAGGUGGCUCCCGGGGAGCCCCCUCCGUGCCUUGUCCACCAACAACUGCAACAACACCCACGGGCAGGACGCCCCGGGGAUGGCCAGAGGUGAGGCCCACGCGUGGCGUGCUGGGGGGGUCCCAGUGAAGCAGGCGCGUGACUGUCCCGCUGUGGUUCCAGGAGCACUGCCACACCCCGCUGCCAGCCCCGUCACCCCCGUGCCCCCGGAGGCUGCUCGUCCCGCCGGGGAAGCUGCCGGGACGCCGGGAGCGCAGCAGCAGCCGCACCCGGCCGGGAGCGCGGCGCACGGGGAGCCGGGGCGGCCAGUGAGCCGUAAGGGCAGCGGCGCUUCAGCGUCAGGGCUGAAAAAGCUCCUGUGCAGCCUGAGCCAGAGCACCAAGCAGCGCCUGGGCCGCUUCCGCUGCUACAGCAUGGAGCAGCUCCCGGCCCCCGGCGGCUCCCCGCUGGGCGGUCCUGGUGUCAAGAAGUCCCCGUCCCUGCAGUCCCUGCAGCUGGUGUCACCCUUCUGCCAGCCCCAAAAAGCCGCCUCUAUCCAGAGCCUGCACUCCCAACUGGGCAAGGCACCCCGUGCCAGCGCCUACCUCCUGCCCCAGACCACGGCUGACAGGAAGGGGGGCUCAGGGCCGCAGCGCUCACUGAGUGUGGAGGACAUCGGGGCGCCCGUCCAGCUGCGCGCAGUGGGGCGUGUGGUCGAGGUCUUCCCUGAUGGCACCAGCCAGCUGGAGCUGCAGCGACCCCCCCAUGGCGCCUUUGGGUUCUCCGUCACCUCUGGGCACGGCCGGCCCGACACAGGUGUCUAUGUGCAGGAGAUGGCGGAUGCCGGCACAGCCAAGCUCUAUGCGGGGCUCCUGGGCGUGGGGGAUGAGAUCCUGCAGGUCAACGGCGCGGCCGUCUCAGGGCUGGGGCUGGCCCGCAUCCGCGAGCUGCUGCUCCAGGCCGACACCCUGUCCCUCCGCGUGCUCCGGCACCGCCCGGCGCCACGGUAGCCCUGGCACGGCUCCUGCAGAGCCUGGCGGGAGGAGGAUGUCCCAGGAUGCUGCAGAAUAGCACGGCAUGGACCAACCAAGCUGCCUCGCAGUGCCAGGACCUGCCCGGAUCCACUGCAGUGGGGACAGGUGGCUUUCCUUGGCCCCCUGGGAGAGAGUGUGGGACCAAGGACCCUCCAGAGUCUCCAGGAGCUGCCCAAGUGUGGGGGACAGGGGACAGCCUGGCCCCGACAGAGCUGGGUGGGUCUGUCCCGCUGGGCACUGGGGUGACCAGCACGGGGACACCCCAUCUCCCUGACUCCAGGAGACAGAAGGCUCCCUGCCAGCACUGCCACCCUGUGCUGGAGGGCUGCUGGGGUUAUUUUAAAUUAUUUCAAACUAAAACCCAAAAAUACAUCUCUGCAAUAACAAAACAG